AUGCAGACACCACCGGCCACACGAAGCUCUCGAGGAACUGAACCAGAUCAAUCAGGCGCCCUUCAAAGCAUCCUCCCUCUCAAGAAUCCCCCCUCUUACGAGGUGACUGUACCUCCGCGGGUAACUUCAUCCUUCUCCAGAAAAUCCACACAGCUUCUGUUGUCUAUCCCACAAGCUAGGAGAGAGCCUGAAAAAGCUGCGCCCUCGUUCCCGGCAAGAAACUCGCAGUCACUCCCGCCUUCAUGCUUCGCUCGCAACAGACCUUCACAACAGACAACUCAACAGGAGCUGUGUCGAUUCUCCGCUUCCUCAGCUGCAGCAGCGAGUGUUCAACGGGACGAUAGUGCGCUGUUUCAAAAUCGUCACAAAUUUUCUUUUGCGACACAGCCUGUGCGACAGAUAGUGCCAGGGCAUGCCUUACAGGGAUACCUAGGCCACGCCCUUGGAGAUCUCAAGCAAGGAUGUGUUGCAGUUCCCAUGUCAGACGGUCGACACUCAGAAAUUCCUGCUGAGGAAGAUGCUCAGCGGAAGGAGACCAGCACUGGCAAAACCACGGUGGCUGAAGGGACCGAGAAAGAAAACGAGUGUCGAAGGAAGAGCCUAGGAGGAGAGGGGAAGAAAGAUAACGUCCUGCGGCGUAGGAGGGGGGAAACGCAAGGCGUCGAACUUGCCGAAACCGACCACGAAGAGCACGGGAGAGGGUUACAAGCAACAGACAGCCGGAGAAGGGCGCUCAAAAUCAUACAGAAGCGAGAUCAUAACGCCAGUGCCGCAACAAGGGAGGCUUUAGCGCGAGAGAACGGAUAUGGCGAGUGCAGAAACGACUCUAGGGAAAGAGGAAUACCCCUUCGCUCAGAGUGGCGCCAGUUCUCCUUUCUGCCUCCGUGUGCGCCAUGGAAGACAGUAUCGCUUCCGGUGCCAUCAAAGGUGUUCCAUCUGAAUGGGAAUUGUCGAAUUCGACACAGCAGAUCUGCGGAGUCAGGCACUCCUGCGGUUUCCGACACUGGCAUCAAAUCCCCAGGUUUGCUGCGUCCUUGCUCUGUUGUUGCCUCCUCUUCGUCAUCGCAGCUUCCCACAACGUCAACGUCUCCCCUCAGGACGUGUGGUCUCCGGAACAGUGUCGCCCGAUCCCGGAAUCUAUCCACGCCUCCGUUACCCAAUGGUGGCCGUUGGACUAGGGGGAUCAAAGAAACGUCCGUCAUUCAAGGUUCUCGUGGUUCUUCGUUUUCGCAGCCUCCUCUUUUGCACCAGCAGAAUACAACGAACGAAGCGUUAACCGCACUGAGACGUUCACAGUCUGCCUUUUUCGGAGGCCGUCGCCAUUCGCCUUCUCGUCCCCGUCCUGCAUUUUGCCCUUCCCAUGCUCUUGCCCCUCUUCCGCCGGCUUGCGGCUCCACCGCUCUGUCUCUUCCUCCUGUGGGUUUCUGUUUCCCCCCGGGGCCCUCUCGUCGCUUGCCUUCCCGCCCUUCCCCGUCGCGCCUUCUGUCUCACGAUACUCCUGUUCCUUCCUCGUGUUCUCUCCGCGUUCGUUCUUCGUUUUCUCCGCCUCUGCCUCUUCUUGCGGCUUCUGCCCGCGGCCCCGUUUCCUGUUCUCCUUCACCAGUGGCAUUGUGUCUUGUCCCAGUCCCUCCCAAAUUUUCUUCCCUAUCGUCGGGUGCGUGUCGUCCUGCGCCGGCGGCCACGCUCCCCUCGACGCUUCUCUCUCAUCUGCUUCCGUCCCUCCUUGCACGGCAGCCGUUCAUUCGUCCAGCGCUGUCUCUUCCAGCGGAGCCUUCUCUUCCUCCGGCUACGCUGGGUCCCGUGAACGUUCCCGCUUAUCGACCGACGGAGUCCGGGAAGCGCCGAGCUCUCUUCCCCGCGAGCGCUUCUCUGACAGAAAGUGAAUGUCCUUCCUUGAGACCUGACGUCCUGUCAGGCAUCAUGCAAGAGAGACGACUCCAGACCACCAUCCAAGAGCGCCCCACGGGUCCUCAGCCUCUGUCACCUGUGAAGGACGCCUUGAGCUUGGGUUCACGUUUCCAACCCUCGGGGGGUUCCAGGCUUCCUCCUGCUCGGCCUUCCCGUGAAAUCCCCUCGAAGUGCGCCAAGGCGCGAUACGUGAGUGAAAGCCGCGGGCUCCCUAGAGAAAAACGGAGAUCCGCAGGUAGCUUGGGAGGAGAACUCGGCGCCACUCGAAGCAGCAGCUGUAGAAUCCAAGUCAACCGCCUACACGAGGCAGCGGCGGCUCUUCCCUUGACUGGUAACAUGUUCGCGGUGCCUGGAAGUGCUUCCCUGUCUCAAUCACCUCGCUCCUUUUUCUCACUGGAAUCCGCCCGUUCGACCGCACCAGAAAGGGAAGCCGACACCCAGAGACGUGAACCCAUCGGAAGCGCCUUUCCGGGCCGAACACUCGGAGCCAAGGCAGACAGGAACGGGCGGAUGGCAGUGCGUAGGCAACGCAACUUGCCAAUGCUGUCAGAUGGUCCGGAGGCCUCGCGAGGACACAUCGCAGGCUGUCCCUUCACCCCGGUCUUUGAGUGUAAGCGAGGCGGAAGUCCAGGUGCGCAAGAAGCAUUUGCGUGCGAGAGAAAUGACUCCUUCCCACUACCGGCCUUACCCCGUGGUAGGCACAGAGAGGACGCAGAGGCGACGACUUCGUCCUCAACGCUACGCUUGCGACACGCAACGCUGGACUGUCUCGACCCUUCGCAUUCAGAGCAAGGAUGUCCGCCAUCGGCGACAGCGGGGAUUCCGGAACCGACCGCGGCUCCUGUCUUGUGCGAACACCCUCAAAGCCCGAGCCCAGUCUGUCCCCACGGUUUCAGAACGCCACACGUCUCGUUGGAGAGGCUGUCUAUACAAGCGUGCGCGUGCGCGUCGACGCCGGAGACGUGGAGAGCAUCACAGGGCGAAGCAGCUGAAGCGACGCCAACUUGCUUCGGAGCCGCGGCCGAAGCCGAAACCGAGGUCGUUGCUACACGCGCCGCGCAAGAUGGCAACAGGGGACAAGAGUUGUUCUCGUGUAGACUGAAUCCGGAAGGUCCUCACACCUCUUUGGGGGAAGAAGAGAGUAGAGAAGGGACAAAUAUAAACGAGUUCGUACACCUACGACCAGUAGGCGGGAGAGUGACGGGCGUGCCGUGCGGUGGCGAACAAGAAAAGAGGAGCCCCCGAGCGUUGGAAGAGCCAAAAGAAGACGAAGGCCAAAACGCUUGUUUCCAAGACUCAUUUUCCCACGUGCACGUAAAAAUACACAAGGCGGUACGAGAAGCUCAAACUGCAGCUGCUAAUGCCGCCGCUGCUGCGCACGCAGCACUUGAGGUGAACGAAAAACUGUGCUGGGGGAAAGGGGACAGUCUUCUCUGUUCUCCUGGAAGCCGUCCCGUUUCGUCCUUUCCUUCCUGCUCGCCUUCGGGGUCUACGGUAUCACUUCCUGUUGACGCUUCUCGCGAGGCAGCUUGGCCGAGCCUCACCUUGGAUGAAUGCAGUGAGUCGGCGCCUAGGAGCGAAGACUCUGUUCAGAGAGAAAGCCGUGCAGAUGGCCAGCAGAGAAAUGCAACGCACGCUUCCGACGGCGACGGUUUCAGAGAAACCGAAUGCCCCGCUCUGGUGCAGCCUGGUGUCUUGACCUCGUCUGUUACGUUGACGGAGAGUCCGACACUCGAGGAGUGCGCUGUGGAAGGAGAAACCGCGAUUACCCGAGGCUCCUCAACUCAUGCGAGCCUCCAGGAAAACCGGAUGGGAGAGGCGCCUGUAUCCAUUUCACUGGAGACACGGCUCGUGGAUCCACACAGUGACGGCCGUCGCCGAGAGGAAAGAGAGGCGCGAGAGGGACGUGACGGGCACUCUGCAUCGCAGGAGAAAGCGAUAGCCUUGCAAGGGCAAGACGCAGGGGAGGAAAAAAAAGGGAUGAGGCAGGUUAGUUCAGCAGGCGAUUGGUCUCCUUUCGCUGCCUAUUGGAGUCCUCGGACAGGUCAGUCAGAAGACAAGGCAGUCAGACCGAUCGAGGAGAGAGGAGUGAAGGAGACUCACAGGUCCAGAUGGCGGAACGACCGCAACCGGCUCUCCACGAAGAGAGUCAGCAUCGGUCCAGAUGCAGUGAAGAGGCAAGGAGGAGUCUUCUCUACGGGCGACACCGCUGGUGCGGCGCCCACGCCGCCCAGCGCGGGGAUCGGCCGCGACGGUGAAACAGUCGCCUCGCGACCUUGUCUCCUCAGGAGAUGUGGCGGAAGUGGAUUCGAACCAGAGAAAGGCUCGGGAGCCGAGAGGGAAGGAAGUUCCUCAGAGUUCCAUGUUCAGAGUUGCACUAUCGGACAGGAGACAGCAUAUGCCUUCUCGGUUGUCCCAGAGAAAGACACAACCCCUGGAGGUUUGUUUGCCCCGUCCCCGCGGCCUCUGCGGGCUCACCUCAACGGGACGCCAGUGUGGGGUAGCGAAAGUAACGGAGAAAGAAGUCUCCUGGCAGGACAACCUUCGAAGCAAGAAAGAUCCCCUCCGAAACGGGAAUGCUAUGCAGACUGUCCACCGCGUCCUGCCCAUUGCCGAUUCCUGUCCGGCAGAAGAAUACGAAGUCGAAGUUGUGAGCCUCUGCGGAGUCUCCCGUGCUCUCGCCUAGAAACGAAUGUCCGUUCAAACCCUGAAAACGACGACUCGCCGCUCUGUCCCCCACAGGAAGAAAGCGCGCCACAGCGCGUCGGGACCAGCAGUCACCUGUUGAGGGUUUUGUUGACGGAGUCAGAACACACCCGAAUCAGAACCCGCAGCGAGAGGGCCGGAAAGGCGCCCGAUGCCUGCGGCUCGGAGCACGAGCUAAGGAGAGAGACACGGAGGGGAGAACGGCGGGAGUCCCAGGAGACCGACGAGACAGGUGAGGAGGCGGAAGACAGGCUACUCGACAGAACGGCCACACGAGAACUUUGUGAGGGAUCUAGGAAGACAACAGAGGAUGACAUCGGCCUGACACAACUGUCCGAGAUCGAAUAUGGAACUUCCGCUCCUGCUUUCGAGGCAACUUUGGACCUUCAGCUUGAAGGGAAUCCACAAGGCGAAAGUUGUGAGGAGUGUUCCUUCGCUUCGGCCCUCGCGGAUCGUCCCAUUCCGGAAAAGGAGCCUUUUCCGGCCCCAACCACGUUUCCAAGAAGAACAAGGGAUGCAUCGAGAACGAAGGAACCUGAAGAAGCGCGAAGUCGCAGUAGAGAAGGGACUGACACAAGCUCUGAGGCGAAACCGCGGACGUGCGCACCUGUAGUGGAAGACGAAGCGUCCACUGGCCAGGAGCAGAACCUCUUGAGAGGCCUUUCGCAGACUCUCGGGGUUGCCAGCAGAGCAAACGGUGGCCAGGAAGAGACUCAACGAUUGAAGCGUGCAUCCGCGUCUGAGCAGACACAGCGCAGGGAGAGGAAGGCGGGAAGUAAGACACCGGACGACUUUCCCAACAGUUUUCAGCACCCAGGAGGCUUUCGGAGACAGCAGCGCGUGCAGGACAGGCUUCCAGAGGGCCGGGGGCAAGAAAGCGAAACAGACGGGGAGCACAAAAUGGGAAAUCGAGCAAACGCGAAACAAGGCCCUCGAGGACGACACCGCGAGUGCUUCCAGCGUCAGUUGCUCCUUCAACAGGAACUGCUCCGGCAGCAGCAGAAACUUUUAAUUCUUGAAAGAGAAAAAUUGGCGCUUCAGCAUCCAGACAACUUCGCCUUCCCUCUGCCCGUCUUUGGGGCGUGCCCGGUACACAGCAACGACUCCGAGCCGCCUCUGUCCCGUUCACACAGCCUCGAGCCCGCUGCGGGUUCGAGUGCCUCGCCGCAGGGAGAGGACAGAUCGCGAAGGGGUGUACGAAAUCGAUCAGAAGAGAGAACCGAGAGAGACAUGAGGGAAGCAAGGCGAAACGUAACCCGUCCGGCCUGUCGCAGACACCGGUCUCCAUCGCAGACCAAGCCACCAUUUAACGCCUGUCACAGCUCGUGGCGGCUGCAGCCUGGCACGGAGACAAAAGCAGACGACGCAGACGAAGAGCUUUCCCGUUAUCUCCAGACUCCUCGCGGAGCUGAGAAACCUUGGCGAGAUGAAACUGGCCUUCAGUCUCCCUCCUCGCCUUCCGGAAAAGGCAGGCGUGUGGGGGGAAUUGGCGAUCGCGUUCCCUCGCCUCUUCCUUCGCCUGAGGCCCUCGCCGAUGGCGUCUUCAUACGCAAAAGCCGGGCGGAAGCGUGGAGGUUGGAAAGCAGCGAGACAGCGCACAGUCGGAUCGAUGCUCGAAGGGGGGAAAGCUUUGGCGUUCAGACGUCGCCAACUGCCUCUCGUGAGGACGCCGAGAGCCUUUCGACUGUCUCCCAAGAUGUCACGGAAGCGGUCGAAAACUGCGACAGUCUUCGACUUCCUUCCGAGGAAGUUGCGUCUGCUGCGACAGCCUACGUGAUGGCAGACGCUCCUGAAAAAGAGUCACAGUGUCCCUCGGCUCCCAGUGCUCUUUCGACAGAGACCGGCACAUCUCCACCAUUUGCUGGCACAUGCGAGAGAGGAGCGAAUUCAUCUCUUCCCCCUGCAGCCCAGGAACAUCCACACAGUGGGGAUGCAGGAAGGAUCGGCGUGGUAAAAAACUCUGAUUCUCGUAAUGAACACCAGAAGCCGGCACUACCGCCGUGCUUCCUCCUGCUGGCCCCCGUGCCACGUGUCGCCGUGUUGUCAGGGAGCGCGCAGGAGGCGGUCUAUCCUCUUUAUGACGGGACAGGUCGCGAGACUGCUCAGGAAUCUGGAGCUUCUUCUUCACCGGGGCGUGUGAGGGGAUCCUCGCGGCCGCAUGUAUCUGCUGCCUCUGCUUCUUACGCGCAGACCGAGCAAGCGCCACGCGAUUCUGGCCGAGUGCCUCCACAGUCAGAGGAGCCACUGACGAAGCGUCUUGCCCAGGGGGAACGGAGGCCGCGCUCUUGGACGCCAUCCGGUCCCUCUUGUAUGUACAGUGGAAAAAGCGGAGAUCUGAAGGCAGAAGUGGAGCCUCGGAUAAGCUCAGGAGCCAGAGAGGCCCCUGGUGAGAACGCCUGGCCUCGCAGCACCCAGGAGCAAAACGAGCUAACAGAGCAGAGCAAAGUAACGGGAGCGGACAGGGAUGUUUCCGCAGCCAUGGCAACGCUAGAAGACGGCAGCGGAACAGGCGGCAAUGCAGUCCUGGGCAUGAGUGAACCAUUCUCGGACUCCACACCACAUGAUGAGGCACUUCACACUUCAGGCGUUCCGUAUAGCGUGGCGGUCACACUGCCUGACACAGGCGAACUCCCACCAAGCUCUACAACGGUCUCUUUGUUUUCCAUCUCCCCCGAAGACGAAAAGCGAGCCUGGGAGGCGUCCCGGCGCCGCGAGAGGGACCCGAGAAACGCGCUGCACUGCGUUAGCUUCUUGCAGACGUGCCCAUCAAGCGAGGGAAAGGGAGGGCUGCCCGUGGACGAGAGUGCAGCGAACCAGAAAAUCCCGGAGGCGUGGAACACAUGUGCUCAGCGAACAACUCCACUGGCGGGGCGAGGCCGGGAUCUCGAACAAAUCAAGACUAUCUUUGAUUGGGACGAACACCCUGGCUACUGGAAAAAGCAAAGCGAGGUCUUGAUGCUCCGAGAAAAACUGGACCAGCUUGGGGAGGCAAGGCGCAUGCAACAAUCUCAACGGCACCAGCUCUCUGCCAGGCCUUCGGCGUCCUGUACUGAGAAACCGAAAGCGCGACACGCGGGGCGAAUGCCUGCCAAAGCUGCGGCCCUCAGGCAGUCUGGCUUUUUGAGAGGAAGCUGUCCAUCUCCUAAACUGUUCUGCCAUCCUGACAGGCCUCAGCCUCCUCUACUUCCUCUCUUGACGGAUUUGGUACGGCAGUUUUCUUUCCCCCACAGUGUCUCUCCCCUGGAGACGAAUGGGACUUUGCUGCCUUUUCGAACGGUCUCCAGUCCAGCGAGGAGUUCAAGCGGAGCCUCGAAUCACGGCAGAUCGACUGUGUCAUAUCCAAGCCUCUCGGAGAACACCUCAGAGCGUUACUGUCCUGCUAACGAGACAUGUGCGGCUCCAUCACAGUUUCACUCAUUUCGACGAAAAAGCGCGCCUUCUCUGAGAAUCUCUUCAGACAAGCCUCGACUUCACAAGGCCUGCAGCCUGAUCGAAAGCUGCGUCGAGAGAGUCGCGGAGAGAUGGGAGGUGUUCCGACCGCUUUGCAGCGUGGAAAACACCAAACCGGAGCGGGGAAGACUCGGGGGUCACAGUGCAGAAAGUUACCGCGCGCGAUUUCUUAGGCAGAAGCAAAUGCAAGAGGCGAAGCACAGAGAGAAGAGACAGGCGAUAGGCAAACACCAAAACGCCGCACUGAGCCUCUCGGCAGAGCACAGCCCGUGGUUCGUGGAUCCGAGAGAUGCACGACGAGAGGGAGGCGCCGCGUUGCCUACGACACUUGCUAAGGUUCGUCACGGCGGAAGCAUCAAGGAUCACAUCCUAAUCCGUCUUAUUCCUUCGAGCGACGCCACAUUCGCGAACGACGCCGCACAAGGCGAUCGCAAAAGAGACUCAGGAAAGGCCAAAAAAGAUGCGAGGCAGCAGCAGGCUCAGGAACAGGGAAUGGACACAUGGCUAGGGAAGCUAUUUGAUGAAGCAGGGAUGGGAAGAACAAUGGCGUCGGCGCCUGCCUCGCAGCCUCUGCCACGAGCGAGCGGCUUCCAUUGCACCCUUCAGUCUUCUUGUGGCCAGAAAGCGGCAAGUCCACGUCGUGUGGGCGAUGCAACACCACCGGUUAGAGACUCGCGCAAGACUUGGGCUCCUGAUAACGUAGGACGAGGCCAGGACGGUGGCUGUGCGAUAGGGAGGCAGCCGAAAGUCGUCGAGCCGUCAUCGGACGACUGCGACGUGGAACCCCUUCCUUCGGUGUCCUUGCUAAAGUCACCGAGCGUAGAAACUGCGGCGUCUCCCGCGGAAAGAACCAGAAGCGUCAUCCGUGUCCCCCCGCGCGAGACAAGCGACCGCAUAGAACGCGAACGGGCUAUGGCUACGGCGACGAUAUCCGAACUGGGGCCUUUGAGCUCCGACGGUCUACCAAGAAAAUAUGGGGAACCUCAGCGUGAACAGGCGCCCGAGGUAACUCGCGCUCAGGAAAGGGAGCACCCGCCGUUCUCUCCCUGCGUUCCAGAGCUCGGCACGCGGAAGAGAGCGCCGCUCCACGAGACACUGGUCGGUGUGCAUACAGCAUAUAGGACGACAGGCACCGGACGGGAAGGGUCAUUGGAUUCGUCGUGUGAAGAAGGAAAGAGAAACCGCUUUGCGGCUUCAACAGAGGCGAAUCCUGUGCAGCAGAACGAGAGUCGACUGCAGCGGCGAGCGUCCCACGGUCCUGUCUCGACUGAUGUCCAGAAAACGGUCGAAGACAGAGAGGAGGGUAACUGUCUGAGUCGCGGUGCGAAUCGACAGCAGACCGUCAGCGAAGUUCCGGGGCCUCCCCAACCGCCGAGUCACAAAGAACCGCGACUGCAAAGGACUGUCGAGACGCAGGCGACAACAGGUUUCCCGCGCGCAAUCCGUACCGACGGACACGCAGUUCCAAAAUCUGGAAACGGUACACCGGACACAGGGGUGCGGAACCGCGUAGAUGCGGCUUUCUAUAGACAGAAUACUGGGGUCUGUGAACUCGCAGAAGAUCAGCAUGUGUCGUCUCUGCCAGUAGACAGAGUGAAGAUGGGAGGGGAGACCGAUAUUCAUGUGAUAUGUCGCAAUCGUCGUCAAUUAGGAGGCUCUCUUCCGGCAGAAAGACGGCGCGAAGCUGCUGAAGAAGACGCCGGCACCACCCGACUGCAGCACACGAUCCGCGACCAGGAACUGUUUCAGAAGACAGAGGGGGAGUUGCAAGAGACCUGGGGACAGACGCAACGAACAGCGGAGCAGAGUCGACUCAAGGUCGCGCUCGAAAACAUGAGAGAACCAUCACAGACUGCGUUGCUUACGGCGGAGCCUCACGUGGGAGAUGCACUGCGUGCCGCGAGAGGAGGUUCUUUUUGGUGGCCUACCGAGGACAUCGAAGCCGCUGCCUCCGUCAGUUGUUCCGGGGGAAAAUCUCUGCACAGGCCACUGUCUGAUAGAGAGACCUGCGAAAGGUCUGCAGCGUCGACAGUGCCGGCUCCUGCUCGGACGGGAAGAACGGAUCCGCCGACACCUGCAGAUAAACCGAGGCCAGAGCCACAAGCAAACCGAACAGGGAGUCCUCGACGAAGCGACUUGCCUCAGCACGCGGGCAUUUCUCCGCCGCUGGAACGGCAAGCGACGGGUGCGACGACGGCGCGGCGACCGGCAUUGAGACGAGUCGAGUCUCUGGCAGCUACGCGUUUGCUCCUUCGCGCAAAACAGCAUGCACUGGACGCGCUGGAGCCGAAAUCAGGUCAAACAGACUCCAGUGCACCUGACCGCAACAGCCACGGUUGCGUGACGAAGAGCGAGGACGGGAGAGAACCCUUUCCCUUCAAACCAGCAGUGCGUCGGGCAACCCCCCGGCUUCGUGAGUUGUGUGCCCCGAGGACCGGCACGACGGACAGUUGCCAGGCGCGCCAAGAAGCCUUACGAGUGUUAUCCGCACUGAAAGCGCGACAGGUGGAAUUGCUGUCGCAGACGCAUCGACAACCCACUGACCGAAAUGCAUGCAGUAACGCGUUUCGCUUGAGCUCCACGGCGGCAUCCACGGGAACGAGCGACGGACCAUCCGAAACGCGAAGCCCAACCGCCAACUCGCCCUCCCGCGAAACACUGCAUGGUGCGACGUCACAAGAGAAAUGCAAGGCGAUGGGAAACUCGCAAAUCCCGCCUUCGGCCUCUCCUGAUCAUCUCUUAUCUGGAGCUGGAACUGAGCCUGCAAGCGCUCGUUCGAGAGAAGUUAAGGUCGAUUUCCUGCAAAAACACAGUCAGGAUAUCGACUGUAUGCGCACGUGUGCCGGCACGAACAACCCGUUUCACGCUCAGCCCAGCCGGUCGGCAAGUUACACAAGUGUCGAGUGUGGAGGGAUCGAGGAACCUUUACAAACGCGAACGAAUGGACCAGGGGGAAAACUGGGGGGAGCGCCGGAAUGGGGCGAUCUACCACAAACUCUUUCGACGGGCGAGCUCUCGAACUCGUCGUCCCACUUAAGACUUCGAACGAAGUGCCCUAGGGACGAAGAUAGUCAGUUUGUCACCAAAGUGCAAACCAAAGUGCAAUUUCAACGAUAUGAAGGAGCGGAACUUCCGCAGAGCCAGGCAGUUCCUCGGCAGGCUGUUCCUGGUCCGGAUGAGCCUGAGAUCGCUCAUGAGAAGAAGUUUGUUUCAGGAGUCAGUUGUGAGGAGACUCGCCAUCAUGAGGUUUGUGGUUGCGUUCGAUUGAGCGAGGCAAACUGCUAUUCACGCAAACUUGGAUCUUCUCGCCGCACCAGUUACGGGGCGUCGGAAUCCGGGAACGCCGCGGAUCCUGUCAUAACGCUGUUACCAAAAACAGGAGGACAGAGAAAUUCUCAGGAUUUGAAGUCGUGCGGUGGCGAUUCAGAGAUCUGUUACGGCUGGUCACAGAGACAACAACACAACCGUAAAUUGAGAGAGGAGAAUUUUCGGCGUACGAGCACUCCACGGUUGCUCGCGCUUGCACAUGAGCUAAUAAUGCCGGAGACCCUCAUCGAUAAGAGUGUUGCGGAAAAUCACAUUCCUCAAGGAAUAAAAAGGGGGAAGGAAGCUGUUGUUCAUGUCGGAGAUAUGGUGAAGAGCGAUUACGUUCUCACGUCCUUUGUGACCGCUGGUGCCGGAGAAACAGAAUGCUCGUUGUUUCCUGCUUUUCGUUAG